GAGACACGAUGGCUCUUGCUAGCUCUACCACAAGCGUCCUCUCUGUGCUGCUCCUGCAUCUGAUGCUGUUCCACCAGGGACGCCAGAGUCCAGUGAUGUCUCCAGUGAUGUCCUCAGAUACCAGCCGUUCGACCUCAGAUGAAGCCUACUCCUUGAAUUGCAGCCUCAUGGCCAUGGAGAUUGUGAAGAAGCUCCCGGAAAUCAACUUCACUGACCUUGAUGCCAGAGCAAUACUGAGGGCCCAGGCGAUCACGCCUCCAGCUCCCCCUAGCUCUCACCUCCCCAGAGCUUACACAGAGGAUUCUUUGCCUUCUCAGAAUAUCACCUUGCAGAGGGUAAACCUGUGUGAAUUCCUGAAAAUGAGAAGGAAAUUGGAAGAGGAGAAAUUGGAAGUGGGAGACAUCAAGUCCAAUCUUGAGAAACUUGCCGAUUGCCUGCCCCCCGCUGUGAGCACUUCCAGGAUGACAGGCAUCUACCUAGAAAAGGAUUUGGAAGAUUUUCAGAGGAAACUGAGAUUCUAUGUGAGUCAACUGAGCAACCUGCUGCCAGAACCCAGACCACCUCACUCAUCCUCUGACUCCGUCACUUCCCGCCCCGUGGCCAUGGAGUGUGAAAACAGCUGAGUGACUGGAAUCUGAAUGCCCCUCAUGCUCCAUGCCCAGGAAGAGGAUUUCACAUUCCCCCAUGGCAACAGAUAUGUGUUCCCAUUUUAUUCCACCAAGGCUAUUUAUUUAUGUAUUUAUGUAUUUAUUUAUUUAUUACCUUCUGCAAUGUGAAAUAUAUCUGUUUUAGCUGAGGAGUUGUUCCUCCAUGUUUUGAAAGAAAAAAAUUCCA